GAAGGUGUUACUGAGGCCGCUCCCAUCCUCACCCCGCCUCCCGCUUCCCGGCGCUACCCUCCGCCGGCGGAGCCCACUAUGCCAGACACUUUCGACACUUUGCAAAGACAAAGAGCCCUCGACCGGAGGAAGGAGAGAGAGGAGGAAGGAGAGGAGGACGCAGAGGAGGACCGGGAGAUGUGAGCUGGCCUGGACCCCAGGCACCGAGAAGGAGACACGUUGAGAGAGUCCUCUUCCCACGGCGACCCCCACGGUCAUGGGGAGAGGAUCUGGGAGGAGACUUGGACUCGGGGGCUCUCGACUCUUUGGCGCGCACCGGAGUAGCCGCCCGGAACUCUGCGGGGAGCCUAAGGCUAUCGCGGACACCAGUCCCCGGAGCGGCCGCGGUGACAUUGCGCCCGGCACCAUGGUGGAUCUCCCUAGCCCGGGCAGCGGGUAGGAGACUCCAUGGAGCGCGGAUCUCCAGCAUUCUCCAGAGGAGCCGAGGCUGGGACACCGUGGGGACGCUUGGAGGCCGCUGGUGAUCUAGACCAGAGGUGGUGGGACAUUCUCCGGAUGGAGUCUCCCAAUCCUCUGUGAGCAAGCGCAGACCUGGGAGGAGGCUAUUGGCCCCCUGGACGCCUCCAAGCCCACGUUGCUCUAGAUCCUGGGGAGAAGUUGGUGCUCGGAACCGGACAACUGGAUGAGACUUGACUUUCCUGGAUUGGAAAUGGCACCAAGAGGCAAUUUGUACCUACCAGGAUUGUGCUGAGUGGUACUGCAGGACAGUUGCAUCUUGGGCCAGAGGUGGACAGUGGCUCAGCCUCCUAAGAUGAAGAGACUGAGACUCAGAGUAGAGGUUAAGGAACUCCACUGAAGUCUCGUAGCAGAUGAUAGGUAACCUCUGCACUUUCCUGGCUUCCUGAAGAUGCCGUUUACCCUGUCCUCAAUCUCUGGGGACAGCCUGAAAGAGACAAAGCUCUAGUUAAGAAUUGUCCACGCAGCAUCCCUAGAUCCUGUACCUUUCCCUAGCUUCUCCUGAGUCUCCACCCCUGGUUGUCCCCAGACCUUCCAAGGAUUACCUAACUACUCCUGAUGCCCUUUGAGUGGAAGAGGACAUCACUGUUCUAAGGCUUCAUUGACGUGCCAUCAAGUCACAUUCUCGACUUUGCUCAGGGUUGCCGAAAAGGUAGACCACGAUAAUUACCAAAAGGUAAACUACAGAGCCAAGACAACUCACCACAGGCAGACCUCGGGUACCACAUAGGGAUGCCCAGAACACAGGCCUGGAACGCUUCUCCGAGGGGUAAAGUUGGCCACAGCUGUCCUUGAGGUCUCCCUGCAGAUCCCCAGCCCCUCUGCCAGCACUUGCAUCUCUGGGAUUUCCCUCGUGUUUCCUCUGGACUCUAGGUAGGAUCUCUUCUCAUCUACCCUCCUGUCUGCGGAGGUCCCAGCAGAGAGCAGAGAUGGUGAACUUGAGGAAGAAGAUUGUCAAGUGGCUCACCUUCCUCCUGCUCUUUGUCUUCCUCACCUCCUGCUUCCUGAACUACUCCAACAGCGGUGUGCCCAUCACCUGGUUCCCCAAGCAGAUGGUCCUGGAGCUCUCAGAGAACUUCCAGAAGCUCAUCAAACAACGGCCGUGCACUUGCACACACUGCAUCAGCCAGAGCAAAGUCUCAUCCUGGUUCGACCAGCGAUUCAACCAGACCAUGCAACCGCUGCUGACUGCCAGCAAUGCCAUGAUGGAGGAAGACACGUACCAGUGGUGGCUGAGGCUCCAGAGGGAGAGGAAACCCAACAACUUGAGCGACAUCGUCAAGGAACUGUUUAGCUUGGUGCCUGGGAACGUGGACCCUGUGCUGGACAAGAGGUCGGUGGGCUGCCGGCGCUGUGCUGUCGUGGGCAACUCAGGCAACCUGCGGGCAUCCUCGUAUGGGUCUGACAUAGACAGCCAUGACUUUGUGCUGAGGAUGAACAGAGCACCCACAGUGGGCUUUGAGGCAGACGUUGGGAGCAGGACCACCCACCAUCUGGUAUAUCCUGAGAGCUUCCGGGAGCUGGGGGAGAAUGUCAACAUGGUCCUGGUCCCCUUCAAGACCACCGACCUGCAGUGGGUGAUCAGUGCCACCACCACGGGCACCAUCACACACACCUACGUCCCUGUGCCCCCGAAGAUCAAAGUGAAACAGGAGAAGAUCCUGAUCUACCACCCAGCCUUCAUCAAGUAUGUCUUUGACAACUGGCUCCAAGGCCAUGGGCGGUACCCGUCCACUGGCAUCCUCUCGGUCAUCUUCUCCAUGCACGUCUGUGAUGAGGUGGACUUGUAUGGCUUCGGGGCAGACAGCAAAGGGAAUUGGCAUCAUUACUGGGAAAACAACCCAUCAGCGGGUGCAUUCCGAAAGACCGGGGUUCAUGAUGGCGACUUCGAAUCCAAUGUCACAACCACCUUGGCAUCCAUCAACAAAAUCCGCAUCUUCAAGGGGAGAUGACGCUGUGACCCAUUAAGAAGGCUCGCACCAUAUCACAGCUCUCAGCCUGCAACCCCAGCAUCCCACUGGAGCCUGUGUAUUCUGGAAGCGUCCAGAGAUGACCUUGGGGUGUUACUAGGCUCACUUGAAGCCUCUUGCACCCCCAUUUUUGGCAGCAUCUACUCAGCAAGGUCUCCUGACUCUCCUAGGAUGCAAAGCAAGUCUUAGGCCUGCCUCAGGUGGGAGGAGUUCCCCACUGCUGUCCCCUAGCUGGGGGAAGGUGGGCAGAUGCUGGGAAAGGGCCAGCCUCCAAACAGUUAUUUUUGGCUUCUGGGUGGGAGGGAGCGAAUCCUGAGGAUUCCUGUUUUGUAGAGGCAGGCAUUUCCAGAGAAGUCUUUCAGAUGCUGCUGCUGCCUUUUGGCCUCAUGCUCACACUCUGACUGGAGAAUUCGAGACCGUUAUCUAUCUCUAGAGCAGAGCCAUACUGAGCCACACCAGCACUGGGGCAAGAUGCUGUCCUCCUUUGCACGAAGCCUGGCCUCUUACUUGGAGUGAAAACCUGUUGUCCCUCUCUUCCCAAAGCUUACUAGUGAUGGCUGGGCAAAGCUUCUGACCCCAAAGGUCUUCCUAGAAACCUGACCACCUGUUUCUGUCAGGAGAAAAACCUUAAUCACCCCUCCAUGUGAUCAACCUUCAUGGCGAUACUGAUGGCUGUGAGCGGGUCUGACUACUUCCACGUGCCUUUGUACUUGAGGGAGAAAUGCAUGUGUUGUCUGACAUGAAGGAAAAUCCCCAACUCGAGAAAGGGGACCUCCACCAGCACCCUGCUUUGCUUCAUAGUGCAGAACCUCUUCUCAGAGGCCACCCGGAGCAUGUCAGGCCACCCAGUGCAUGUCAGGCAUGGGAUGCCCAGUCAUAUUUCCUUGAAAUGUUGGCUUCAGUGUCCUUGACCUUCCAAGGCUGCACAGGGGCCCUUGACAACCAGCAACACCCCCUGGGGCCUGAGUGCUGGGCCAAGUCCCUGGCUGCCACCUUCCUGGUGCCCUUGAGGGACAGGGUGGGGACAUCCUAGGACCGUAACUGGCACGUACCUCCUCUCCUCACCCCUGUCUGCUCUCCCUUCCUCCCUCUACAGGCUUCCUGAUUAUUUAUUGAUUGAUGGAUUCCGCUGACCCUUUGUUCACUCUCCCUGUGCUGCUCCUGGUGUUUUUGCUACAUUUCUGCUUUGCCUGGCAAGUGGGGGGCAGGAGCAGAAGGGAAGCCUCUGGGCACCCUUGAUGCUGGUGUUGGGGAAUCUGGGCUGGAGGCUUGCCUGUGGUGCUGAUGGUCCUCUGUAGGACGGGAGCUGUAGAACCCACCUGUCUUCUUUCUCACUGCAGGACCGACUCACUCAGGCUAGGGCCUCCCGCCUCACUGAUAACUUCUUUGUCAGGGAAUUAGGACAAGAAUGAACAGGCCAUGGGUGGUGACUGUCACUUCAUUACAGAUGUUCAGUGAGAGAAACCUCUGUUCUUGCUGAAAGCAUUUCCUAAAGGCCACUGCUGCUUCACCGAGCCAUAGAGUGGGAGUGUCGAGGGCCCCGGGAGCUCUCCCCUUGCUCAGGGUCCCCUCUGCAAGUGGGAGGUCAGGAGCCACAUACAGCUUUAAGCUAUUCGUAGACACCCCCAGAAAGGGGACACAAGGCUGACGUUUUCCUGGACUCUGUCAUUAGUGGCUUUGCUGUUGCUUCUGUUUGAUUUUCAGAGAUUCAGAAUCUAGACUUUUGGUGGUUGGGGUUAGGGGGUACCCUGUUUCCAUUUUCAAAUUUCUCCAGACUUAAGACACUUGGCUGCCAAAGGCUGGCAAACCCCUGUGAGGGCUUUGUUCUGGAAAGGUCUCCUCAAAGGCUGGAGGUUCUGAUACUCCCAGUGUGAAGAACCCAGCAGAUGUUUGUGGGUCAGCUGGUCAGUUCCAGGGACAAACCUGAGCUAAGUGGACAUCGGCAUAGGGUCACUGUACCUCCUGGGCUCUACUUUGUGAGAGCAAGUGCCAGAAGUGAGGCCACAGCCAUGUCUAGCUGAAUGCUGCCCAGGAAACUCCUCUGGUCUCCAUCAGCCCCUUCCCUGCUUCCCUUCCCUUUUCUAUCCCUCCCUCUUCCUAUAACCCACAGCCCAUCCCCUAUGUCUCUGGCUUAGCAAUGUGGGCUCUUAACUGAAUAAAAUCCGGCCCAUUGUGACCAGAAUUAAAGGCACCAAUUAGAUUAAGGUAAUUUGGAUCUCUCCCUGGGGUGCAGGUGGCUGAGAACCGGGAGGGGCCUUUCCUAAAAGAAAUCCUGUCCUGGAGUUAGUGGGGAGUAGAGGACCCUACUCCUCCAGGACAAAGGGCUGAACUAGAAACUGCUAAGCCCAGGGGGUCUGGGGAGUAUAGGUAACAUCCUAGCCUGUUUUCCAGCCUGCGAUGAACCUGGUGAUUAGUUUUCCAGAGCUGGCAACAGCCUCCCCUGCCCUCAGUCUCUGUUAGGACAGAGAGAUAAGGAAGGUGGCAUUUGGCUCAUAGGAAGGAUGAAGCAGAGAGGAAAAUCCUUAAGCCAAUGCCUUUAUAUUGCUUUUCUGGCAUCAGACAUCAUCCAACAAACUACAUGUCCUGGGCUAGUGAGACAAGUCCAAUGGGAACAGACACCACAGUCUGAGGAGGGCCCUGAUUGGGAAAAAUACUUUAGGAAAAAGGCCUUUAGAGGGUCUAGAUGGAACCGCAGUUGCCACUGUGGCCACAAGAGGCUGCUAGAGGCCCAUCCUGCCUCCUGGGAAUGCAGCCUCUCUGUCAAGGUGAACAUUGAGAACCCCAGUUGGCUUUACAUGUGCCCUUCAAAGUAGCCCCCCAACAAGCAGGAUGAGAAAGGCCUACUCCAGGGAGGUUCUAAGUGCCCACUGUGCAUCAGAGGACAGGGCCCAGCUGUGUGCCCUCAGCCACCUGCAGGAAUCACAGAAGGAGAAAAUAGAGCACCACAGCAACCAGGCUCAGGACAUAAAAAUCGUCAUUACUCAAACAGCAUGUAGCUCCGCCAGGCCAGGCCAGGCCCCAUGCCUACCUCCACCUCCCUGGGACCCUGUCCCCACCUUCCCAGCAUCUCUGCCUGCUCAGCUUCUACCCUGGUUCCCCCUGCCCUAGGUCUGCCCCAUGGCACCCGCUUUGAUCGUUUAGCUAAAGCCCAAUCUGGACAUUGCUUGCCUCAGUAGGUGGAUGAGGGCUGCUCCUGACCCCCCGGUCCCCCAAACAAUCACAUUAGCCCUUUCCCGAGUCCCCUUCAAAGCCAAAGUUCUUCGAGCACUUUUUUUCCUCCUUUGUUCGUUACCCAUUUAAACUGCUUUCUCUCCCCUUCACCCCAUUUCUCCUGGUUGGUCUGACUGCAUUUUGAAUGACGUUACUGAGUCUGUCUUCCUCAGCCCCUGCUCAGUUUUAUUUAUUAUUGUUGACUAUUUCCAAUGAUCUGAAUCAAAGUGAAUAAAAAGCUAUUUUAUGGUUUGGGUACGUUCAAUGUUC